GAGAGAAGAAAGAAGAAACAUUGGUAGCGGCGAUGAAUAAAGUUUUAGGGUUUGUUAAACGUUUACCCCAAAACCGGGUUCUCAAUUAGUGGUAUACGUGGAGCAAUUUAGGGUGUACACGUAAGUAUAGUAAAGGAUUUUUUGACAAGUGUCUUGGUUGAUUGAGGUGAUGACAAGUGUCAAAACCUAGUUGUUUUAUUAGGUAUAAAGAUAUAGCACGUAUCCAUUUUUCUCCUUUAUGAUUGUCAACUACAAUUUCAACUUCUUCAGUCUCUGCACUGCACAGUAGUGUUCUUCGAUCAUACCGCCAUUGUUACAUUACAAGUGCAAAUUUAGUAAUCAAUAAAUCGGUCGAUAAGUCGGGUAAGAUGAACUACGGUGUUGAAGAAGAGUCGGAAUUGGGGAAGGAGAAGGGGAAAGAGAGGACUGAUACGGUGCCGUUUUAUAAGCUGUUUGCUUUCGCUGAUGUUACUGAUUACAUGUUAAUGAUGAUUGGUAGUGUUAGUGCUAUGGGUAAUGGACUAUCAAUGCCUCUAAUGAAUUUACUUUUGGGGGACCUUAUUAAUUCUUUUGGACAGACACAGAGUAAUACUAAUCACAUUGUCGACGUUGUUUCCAAGGUAACGCUGAAAUUUGUUUAUCUGGCUGUUGGGUGUGGUGUUGCAUCAUUCCUCCAGGUUUCAUCGUGGACGAUAACGGGAGAAAGACAGGCUGCAAGAAUAAGGAGUUUGUAUCUAAAAAACAUAUUACGACAAGAUAUAUCCUUCUUUGACAAAGAAACAAAUACGGGAGAAGUUAUUGGCAGAAUGUCAGGUGACACCGUUCGCAUACAAGAAGCCAUGGGGGAAAAGGUUGGAAAAUUCACACAACUAUUAUCAACAUUUGUGGGAGGUUUUGUGGUAGCAUUUGUCAAGGGAUGGUUUCUUACACUUGUCAUGUUAACCGCUAUUCCUCCGAUGGUAAUUUCUGCUUCGGCUAUGUCGGUAGUGAUAGCGAAGAUGGCAUCACAAGGCCAAACUGCUUAUGCUAAAGCAGCCACUGUAGUCGAACAGACAAUUGGCUCAAUCAGGACGGUUGCAUCUUUCACGGGGGAGAAAAAAGCAGUUGCAGAUUACAAUAAAUCACUUGUUGUUGCUUACAGUUCUAGUGUUCAUGAAGGCCUCGUCGCUGGCGUUGGUCUUGGAUCGAUGACUUUUAUUCUGUUCUGUAGUUACGCAUUGGCUGUUUGGUUUGGUGCAAAGAUGAUACUAGAAAGGGGAUACACUGGUGGGGAUGUGCUUACUGUAAUAUUUUCUGUGCUGACUGGAUCCAUGUCACUCGGGCAAACAUCUCCCUGUUUGAGUGCAUUUGCUGCGGGUCGGGCAGCAGCAUUCAAGAUGUUUGAAACUAUAAAUCGAAAGCCUGAAAUAGACGCGUAUGACAAAAAGGGGAAAGUAUUAAACGAUAUUCGCGGUGACAUAGAAUUAAAAAAUGUGUAUUUUAGAUAUCCAGCAAGACCAGAUGAAGAAAUAUUUAGCGGGUUUUCACUCUGCAUCUCCAGUGGAACAACUGCAGCUUUGGUUGGUCAAAGUGGUAGCGGAAAGUCAACGGUGAUUAGCCUAAUAGAGAGAUUUUAUGAUCCUCAACAAGGGGAAGUUCUUAUUGAUAAUAUUAAUUUAAAAGAUUUUCAACUAAAAUGGAUUAGAGAGAAAAUUUCUCUUGUUAGCCAAGAACCGGUUCUGUUUACAUCCAGCAUUAAGGAUAAUAUAUUGUAUGGGAAAGAUGAUGCGUCUGCGGAUGAAAUUCGAGUUGCGGCCGAGCUCGCUAAUGCUGCCAAGUUCAUUGAUAAACUACCUCAGGGGUUGGACACCAUGGUUGGUGAGCACGGAACACAACUCUCCGGCGGACAGAAGCAAAGAAUUGCUAUUGCCAGAGCCAUUCUUAAAGAUCCCAGAAUCCUUCUUCUGGAUGAAGCAACAAGUGCUCUCGAUGCAGAGUCCGAGAGGGUUGUGCAGGAGGCGUUGGACAGGAUCAUGGUCAAUAGAACAACCGUCAUCGUUGCACAUCGUUUAAGCACAGUCAGAAAUGCUGACAUGAUUGCAGUUAUUCACAGGGGAAAGAUGGUUGAGAAAGGAUCGCAUUCAGAGCUAGUCCAAGAUCCUGAAGGAGCAUACUCUCGACUUAUUAAAUUACAGGAAGUUAAUAGUGGUUCAGAACAUCAUAACUCAGAAGACCAAGAUAAAUCAGAAACCGAAAAAGAACUCACAAAUAUAUCAAACUCUCGGUCAUUUGAUUUGUCGCCGCAAAUCAACGACCCACCACCAGAAUCCAUGAAGAAAGACGUCGAUGAACCCUUAAAACACCCGCCAAAAGUGCCACUCCGACGACUUGCAUAUCUAAACAAACCAGAAAUGCCAGUUCUCAUAAUCGGUUCAAUAGUUUCUAUUAUAAACGGUGCGGUAUACCCGACUUUCGGCAUACUGCUUUCCAGGAUGAUCAAAACAUUUUAUGAGCCACCGAAUAAAAUGAAAUCAGACUCGAAGUAUUGGGCUUUAAUGUUCGUAAUCCUGGGAGUAGUGGCGUUUGUAGCGUAUCCAGGGAGGUCUUAUCUGUUCGCUGUUGCCGGAUCUAAACUUAUAAAAAGGAUCAGAUCAUUAUGCUUCGAAAAAGUAGUGAACAUGGAGGUCGGUUGGUUCGACAAGCCGGAAAACUCUAGCGGUGCUAUCGGUGCACGGCUGUCGGCUGAUGCCGCCAAUGUUCGUGGGUUGAUCGGUGACGCGCUUGCUCAAAUUGUCCAAGACGCAUCGUCUGCGGCUGCCGGUUUAGUAAUCGCUUUUGCGGCUUGCUGGCAGUUAGCUUUCGUAAUUCUUGCACUGGUUCCGAUAAUGAGCGUUAACGCGUAUGUUCAGAUGCAAUAUUUGAAAGGGUUUAGUAAUGCUAAAUAUAUGUACGAGGAAGCAAGUCAGGUGGCGAAUGAUGCAGUCGGGAGUAUAAGGACAGUAGCGUCUUUUUGCGCAGAGGAGAGAGUUAUGGAGCUUUAUAUACAAAAAUGUGAGUGCCCGAAGAAAACCGGGAUUAAACAAGGUUUAAUCAGCGGGAUCGGGUUCGGGGUUACGUUAUUUUUAGUUUAUUGUAUGUAUGCAGCCAGUUUCUACGCUGGAGCGCGGUUUGUUGAAGCCGGAAACACAAAUUUCGAAAAUGUGUUUAGGGUAUUCUUUGCUCUAAUGUUCGCUGCAAUAGGAGUGUUUCAAUCGAGUUCACUUGCACCUGAUACAACUAAAGCUAAAAGCUCCGCGGCCUCGGUUUUUGCAAUUCUUGACCGAGAGUCGGAAAUUGACCCGAGUGAUGUAUCGGGUUUGACUUUGGAAACGGUCAAAGGGGACAUCGAGAUUCGUCAUGUUAGCUUUAAAUAUCCUACACGACCUGAUGUUGAGAUAUUUCGUGAUUUAUGCUUAACCAUCCAUAGUGGCAAGACAGUGGCAUUGGUUGGUGAGAGUGGAAGUGGGAAAUCAACGGUUAUCCAACUCUUACAAAGAUUCUAUAACCCGGAUUCGGGUUGUAUCACAUUAGAUGGAACCGAGUUAUACAAAUUUCAACUCAAGUGGCUAAGGUUGCAAAUGGGUCUAGUUAGCCAAGAGCCCGUGUUGUUCAAUGACACCAUUCGAGCCAAUAUUGCGUAUGGAAAGGACGUUGAUGCAACCGAGGCCGAAAUCUUAGCCGCUUCCGAGUUGGCCAAUGCCCACAACUUCAUCAGCGGGUUGCACCAGGGUUACAAUACAAUGGUAGGGGAAAGAGGAAUACAAAUGUCGGGUGGCCAGAAACAAAGAGUAGCAAUUGCUAGAGCCAUUGUAAAAAGUCCUAAGAUACUACUGCUAGAUGAGGCCACAAGUGCACUAGACGCUGAAUCAGAAAGAGUGGUUCAAGACGCAUUGGAUAGGGUCAUGGUUGACCGGUCAACAGUGGUCGUGGCUCACAGGUUGUCGACAAUUAAGGGGGCUGAUGUCAUCGCAGUUGUAAAAAAUGGAGUGAUAGUUGAGAAAGGAAAGCAUGAAGAACUAAUCGGUAUCAAUGAUGGUUUCUAUGCAUCUUUAGUUGCACUUCAUGUGAGUUCUUCAAAUUAGCUACCACCUUUUCCUUUGGUAGAUUAUACAAGUCAGCAAGUUUAUCUAUGUGUUAUGUAUUAUAUAAGUGUGAGCUUUAGUUACUAUUAAUGGCAAAUGAAUG